GUUUACACAAGACAAUAGAGAGAAAAGAUUUCGAGGCCAAAUAGGAAUACAUAUAAAAAUUUAUAUAGAGUAAUAAAUCGAGGAUAAGUAGGGUACACUUCUACAUUCAUCUCUGCACAGAGGUCCGUUGAACUACAAACCCUAUCAUAGCAAGAUGCUUUCCGCUAUCCGAACCUCUGCUUUCUCCAAUGGACGCUGCGCUGUAAUGGCCGCAGCAGCUCGUCGCUGUUACAGUGCCGGAGCAUCCAACACACUGGUGUACGUCGAGCACGACAAUGCCAAGGUGUUAAAGCCAACUCUACACACUAUCACUGCUGCUAAGGCUAUCGGUGGACCCGUUACCUGCAUGAUCGUUGGCUGUGGUUGUGGACCGGUCGUUGAGCAAUUGUCUAAGGUUGCCGGAGUCGACAAGAUCCUUGUUGCUGAUGAUGAGAUUUUCAAGGGACAUCUACCCGAGGCUGUAGCCCCCGCUAUAGUUGCUGCACAGAAGCAGUUCAACUUCUCUCACAUUGUCGCAUCCGCCACUGCCAUUGGCAAGAACGUUGCGCCCCGUGUAGCUGCCCUUCUAGACGUGCAGUCUAUCUCUGAUAUUACGGGUGUGGUUGACGCCAACACAUUCACGCGCCCCAUCUACGCCGGAAAUGCCGUCGCCAAGGUGCAGUCCAGUGAUGAUAUUAAGGUGGUCACUGUGCGUGCAACCGCUUUUGCCGCUGCUGACGAGACCGGUGGUUCCGCUGAGAACGAAUCCGUUGCCGCUGGUGAGGCUCAGUCCCUAUCAAAGUUUGUUGGACAGGAGCUUUCAAAGAGCGAUCGCCCUGAGCUCGGCAGUGCCCGUGUUGUUGUGUCCGGAGGUCGUGCGUUGAAGAGUGGCGAGAACUUCGAAAUUCUUUACAGCUUGGCCGAUAAGUUGUCCGCUGGUGUCGGUGCCUCGCGCGCGGCCGUAGACGCAGGUUACGUGCCCAACGAUAUGCAGAUCGGACAGACCGGUAAGAUUGUAGCCCCCGAGCUUUACAUUGCUGUAGGUAUCUCCGGUGCCAUCCAGCAUCUUGCAGGUAUGAAGGAUAGCAAGACCAUCGUAGCCAUCAACAAGGACCCCGAUGCCCCUAUCUUCCAGGUGGCCGAUUACGGACUCGUGGGUGAUCUUUUCAAAGUCGUUCCUGAGCUAGAGAAGGCUUUGUAAGCUAUUUUGAGCAUGAGUAGUUUCCAGCUAGAGGAGGCGGACAGAUUGUAGUCUAUUCUAUAGCAUGUGAGGUGCGUUAUGGAACAUAUAAGUGCAUGUCUGAAGAAUGAGUAAUCGUGUGGUUUGACGAGAUGUUCAAGGAAGGGUAAGGAUAUCCCAAGCCUUGGGUUGAAUGAAUAUGCCUUCGAGCCAAGUGAUGACUUCAUGUUCGCGGUUCUUCAGUAUGGCGCAUAAUUCCCAAUCUUAGGACACAACGGCACACUUCAUACCAUUCGAUGUGUUUUUGUAGACCGCUGAGGGCUAGAAAUAUCAUCUAAGCAUACACAUGCAUUGUUCUCGUUGAAUCAGGUCUUAAGCCGCGACUUCGCACACACUGUGACAAGUAGAAAUAAAAUCUAGGAUGCUAAAUCACUGCCAGUGUACGGGUGAAAGCAUUAUUUGUAUAAUUGCAG